CUGAGAAUAAAGAAACAGGUGUGGUGCCCUUUUUUCAUGCCAUCUUCGUGCAGGUCCUCUGGAAAUGCAACCUGGCCGAGGAAGAUCUCUUAGCUCCUCCCCAACUUUAUGGCCUGGGACAGGUGGGUUAGGCAUCGCGGACGUUUGGAUCUUCCCGGUCCAAAAUUCCAAGGCCGCUAUCAGUCUGCUCCGGGCAUCAAAAGAAGGAGCCCAAGAAGAAGGUGCAGCUCUUGGCUUUGGAGACGGAGCAUCAUGUUCGGGCAACUGGUCACUUGUCUGAUCCUCUCCCAAUUUGCCCUCGGAGCAGGAGAUUCCUACCUGUCAGAGGCCGAGAGAAUCAUGAAAGGGACACCUGUCAUAGAUGGGCACAACGACCUUCCGUGGCAGCUGCUCUUACAUUUCAACAACCAGCUCUCCUUGAAGUCGGCGAACUUGACCCAACUGAACAAGACGCACACCAACAUCCCGAAACUGCGCCUGGGACACGUGGGAGCGCAGUUCUGGGCCGCCUACGUUCCCUGCGAAACCCAGAACAAGGAUGCCGUGAAGCGGACCUUGGAGCAGAUUGACGUUGUUCACCGCAUGUGCCAGCUCUACCCAGAGGCCUUUGAGUGUGUCACCGACAGCGCAGGCAUCAGGAGGGCCUUUGAUGCCGGCCGGGUGGCCAGCCUGAUUGGGGUGGAGGGUGGCCACUCCAUCGACAGCAGCAUGGCCGUCCUGCGCACCUUCUACCUGCUGGGCGUCCGAUACAUGACCCUGACCCACAGCUGCAACACUCCUUGGGCGGAUAACUGGCUCGUGGACACCAAAGAGGAAAAGCCUGUCCAUCACGGCCUGACCGAAUUUGGGAAGAAAGUGAUCAAGGAAAUGAACCGCCUGGGCAUGAUGGUGGACCUGGCCCACGUCUCGGUGGAAACCAUGGACGCGGCGCUGGACAUCUCCGAGGCCCCGGUGGUCUUCAGCCACUCCUCCGCCUACGCCAUCUGCAAUCAUCAGCGCAACGUGCCGGACAGCGUGCUCCUCAAAGUGAACAAGACCGAGAGCCUCGUGAUGGUGAACUUCUACAAUGACUACGUUUCCUGCAGUCACAACGCCAACCUCUCACAGGUAGCAGAUCAUUUGGACCACGUCAAACGCAUCGCUGGGCCAGGCGCCGUUGGCUUCGGAGGAGACUAUGACGGUGUUUCCAGGCUCCCCGAUGGCCUGAAGGACGUCUCCGGAUACCCAAACUUGGUGGCGGAGCUGCUGAGACGGAACUGGACGGAGGAGGAGGUCAGAGGGGCUUUGGCCGAAAACCUGCUGAGGGUCCUCCGGGAAGUGGAGAAGGUCCGGGAUAAGAAGGCCCAAAAUGCCGAGGCUCCGAACGACGAUCCCAUCGAUUUCAAGGAUAUCCAAGGGGAAUGCCGAACUGCCUAUGGCUACUCAAACAAGGGUGACCAUCCCAGGCUCCGACCCAUUGUCCUCGUCUUCCUUCUCUCGUUCCUAUUUCUCCUCUAGGAAACCCGACAAAGGAGAGGAGGAGAGUAUGAUUCCUGCCAACCUGUUCCAAACAUCAAACAGACAAGAAUUCUUUCUCCCAACCUGGACAUCAUUCCACAGAUAUAGCGAUCCCAUUUAUCUAGUUUCCAACAGACCUCACAUCCUCUGAGGAUGUCUACCAUAGAUGUGGGCGGAACGUCAGGAGAGAAUGCUUCUGGAACAUGGUCCAGGCAGUCCGGAAAACUCAUAACAGCCAGUGAUUCUAGCCAUGAAAGCUGUCAACAACAAAUUCAACUCAUUCUCAGAUCAAGUGAGAUUUUAGUUAAAUAACCAGAGGAAAACAGGAUUGCAAUAAAUAAAAUUAGGCAACAUAUUGGAGAAUAAUUAUUACUAAGAGAACUGACAUGGAAGGAGUUUAUAAGCCAUAUUAUAAGUCAUAAUACAGUAGAGUCUCACUUAUCCAACACUCGCUUAUCCAACAUUCUGGAUUAUCCAACGGAUUUUUGUAGUCAAUGUUUUCAAUAUAUCGUGAUGUUUUGGUGCUAAAUUAAUAAAUACAGUAAUUACUACAUAGCAUCACUGCGUAUUGAACUACUUUUUCUGUCAAAUUUGUUGUAUAACAUGAUGUUUUGGUGCUUCAUUUGUAAAAUCAUAACCUAAUUUGAUGUUUAACAGGCUUUUCCUUAAUGUCUCCUUAUUAUCCAACAUAUUCAUUUAUCCAACAUUCCGCCGGCCCGUUUAUGUUGGAUAAGUGAGACUCUACUGUUUAUGAUUUGGGAAAGACGGGAUGGGAUAAGGAGAAAUUUUAAACUGAUUUGUUGCUGUAUUGUAAUAUUUUAUAUAUAUUGUGGAAAUCGAAUAAAUCUAUUUUGCAAAGGGAAAAAAAGCUAAAGCCAAUUUUGGAUUUUUGCUCUGGUGAAAAUGGUGAAAAGUGAUGAUGGAUUAAAACCAAUGGCGUCAUAAGAUGCUGAAAGGGGGUCUUCCAAAGGAGCGUGGCCCACGAUGCCCUGCCUUGUUCCCAUUCUCCGGCCCCUGUCCAAGGGCUCCUUCCUCAUUAGCCAAUUAAUUAGCUCAUCAACCGGCUCAUUAGCAUCUUCCGCUGGCAUUUCGAGAACAGCCUGCGGCGGAGGCGGGCACCUGCCCAGGCAGACCUGGCUU